AUUAUACAUCACACUCACAUUCGUAACGUCUCUGUGUUUGCCUCUUCCCAUACGUAAACUCCGGCAUUUGGUUUUGUUUUCUGUUUAAUAUUUAUCAGGCAUUUCCUUUUACUAUUCUAAUUUGUAUCGUUUGGAUUGUCCACAUUGUGUUUCGGAACGACACAACUCCUGCAAACAAAUCCUGAAAUAGAAACGUCUUUCGAAGAUCACCAAUAAAAAAGCACAAUGCGCGAUAUACAAAUAUUAGAUCCCCGAAAUCUGGUUAAAAACCGUGAAAUUCUCUACCGGCUCAUUAUCAGCCAGCUUAUGUAUGAUGGCUUGGAAAAAUUUGCCAUGGAAUUGUCCAUGUUGGUAAAGGCUGACGAGUGUACACCGAGUGAGCGUCUUCUACAUGUCAUGAUUGCCGGCAUGCAGGCUCUGUCUGACAAAGAACCCGCCCCUAAGGAUGAUGUUUUGCCUUGCAUUGAUUUGGAGUUUGAACCCGAUGCAGCUGCAAUGGCUCCCGAACCAGCAUCGUAUGAGACUGCAUAUGUGACAUCACACAAGGCUUCAUGUCGUGCGGGUGCCUUCAGUCAUGAUGGUACACUGGUGGCUACCGGCAGUCAAGAUGCUAGUAUAAAAAUUCUUGAUGUAGAACGUAUGCUGGCCAAAUCGGCUCCAGAAGAACUUGACACUGGCCGGGAACAGCAAGGACAUCCUGUUAUACGUACCCUUUACGAUCAUACGGAUGAAGUGGCCUAUUUGGAGUUCCAUCCCAAGGAGCAUAUAUUGGCUUCGGGCUCGAGAGAUGGCACAGUGAAAUUGUUUGACAUUGCCAAACCUUCGGUGAAGAAAGCCCACAAAGUCUUCACCGAUUGUGAACCGGUAACAUGUUUGAGUUUUCAUCCAUCCGGAGAUUUUAUGGCAAUUGGUACGGAACAUUCGCUGCUUAGGCUUUAUGAUGUUCAGACGGCACAGUGCUUUGUCAGUGCCAUUGGAUCACAGCAUCAUAAUGGUUCCAUAACUUGUGUGGCUUUUGCACCCACAGCCAAAAUUUAUGCCAGUGGAAGCAUUGAUGGUUGUAUUAAAAUAUGGGAUGGUGUUAGUGGGCGUUGUAUUAAUACCAUACCGGAUGCUCAUGAUGGUGCGGAAAUAUUUUCCAUACAAUUUACAAGGAAUGGAAAGUAUCUUCUUUCCUCGGGUAAAAAUUCAUUGGUAUAUCUUUGGGAACUGUGCACAAGUCGUCCGAUACAGACAUACACUGGUGCCGGAACCACCGGUAAACAGGAGCAUAAUACCCAAGCCGUUUUCAAUCACACCGAAGACUAUGUCCUGUUCCCCGAUGAAGCUACGACAUCUUUGUGUUCAUGGAAUUCUCGCAAUGGCAGCCGUUUGAAUUUAAUGUCAUUGGGUCACAAUGGACCGGUGCGUUUUAUAACACACUCUCCAAAUUCGCCGGCAUUCCUAACAUGUUCUGACGAUUUUCGUGCCAGAUUUUGGUAUAGACGUACCACCAAUCAAUAGAUGUUCUGAUGAGCACUUUAUGAUGACAAGAAAGAAAUGUUUGUAGAUUAUAAGAAAUUUUUAGAUGCUUAGAAAAUAAAUGAAAAAAAAAUUGUAUGGAAAAUAA